AUGGAUAUGACAUCCCUUUCCUCAACCCUCCCGGGGAAUAACCCAAACUCUUCGUCCUCUUCUCGUCGCCCCCAGAACCCCUCGAAACAGCAUUCCCCAGACAUCGCCGAUGACAGCCAGAACAUCAUAGAAGCAUUUCAGUCUGCCGCUCGGUCGGUAACACAUCUCUACCGAAGCUCCGCUGCUUUGAUUAGAAGCUCCCGGACUGAUGGAUAUACUGAUGCUCUCUCCGACGUCCUCGAGGCCAUCGAUAAUGAGUCAGCUUACAACGAUCCUUCGCUCGCACUAUCUAGAAUAAGAGACUGGGUGAUCGAUAGAAGGCACGAAAUGAAAGGGGGCGUUGCCAACGGAAAUACAACAGGACGGAGCGAAUCGAUGCCCCCCCAACAGCAACGGGAAAUGAGCACAGAAUCAGAGAUGGAUGAUGGAGCCAACAACAAUGGUAAUGGCAAAGAGGAAGAACAACAAAAAAGGGAGGACACAAGAGAAGACGUAGCCCACCCGGAUCUACAACAUCAGCAGCAUUUCCAGAUGAAUGUUCAAUCGAUACCUCAAUUUUCGUUUCAGCCGUUGAACCCGCUUCCUCAGUACCCCUCACAAACUCCAGACGUUGUUGAACCAUUACAGUCACCUGGAGUUGACGGCAUAUUCAUGUUCAAUUCCCCGGUAAUGACACAGCAAAUGAUGCCGAACGGAAGAACAUCAGGUGCAGGAAACAAAGUACCCCUAGCGCCCCGGAGUAACAACGCCGGACUGGGUAUUGGGGCGGGAACAAAGAGAAGAAACCAGUCAGUAGAUUUCUUCGAUAUCGGUGGAUUUGGAAACUUCGGAAUGAACGGUACACCCGGACGGGAUUUUGGAAAUUGGGGGAGUGGCGGUGGCGGCGGCGGCGGACAAGGGAAUGCUAAGAGGGGGAAAUUUGUGUGA